GAAACGUGGAGCACGUGUGGCCAAAUAUCAUCCUGAUGUGCUGCUGAUAUUAAAGUAGCAGCUUUUUAAAAUCACAUAAAGACACAGAGAUGAAUAUUUUCAUGGCACAUUUCCCAGUUUACAUUAGAGAGAUGUAAUGCUGCAUUGUGGCCACACGAUGGCGCCAGAGUAGGUCUAACUGCUGAGGCCUUUACUCCCCUCAGUCGCACUGUAAUGCUGAAAGUAAAUGUCUCUAUUGGCAACUUGACUUAAUGUUUGAUUUUUAGGGAGAAAACUGGUUUUAAAUUAUGUUUUUUUUUAACUGAACAAUGAUAUAAAAGCAAAGUGUGUCCUGAGGUGAUUCAGAAUCAUUUUGGUUGUCUGAUUACAUUAAAAAAAACCCAAAUAACACCCUUGUUUAAAGGUGUUUAACAUAUAUCGUCUUUGUUUAUUAGUCUAUAUCAUAACAAUAGUAUUAAACAUUUAGAGUUACAUUAUUUAUUAUGGAGUAGUUUUGGUCAGAUUUCCAACCUUCUCACUGGAAAAAUACUGCCAUUGUAUCUCUGCAUACCAUUGAGUUACAUUUGUAUGUAGAUAACCUGACACUUUAUAUUUCUAACAAUACUGUGGAUAACGUGUAGGCACAAAACGGCUUAUCGUUGGGAAAAGGUCAUGUUUUGGCUUAAAAUACCCAUGAUCGGUAGUGUAAACGUAGUGACAGGUGGCUAAAAAAACACCCACAUUCGGUGGCACAAAUGGCGCCGCAAACAUCUCGGCAGGUUGCUGAAAAAAGCAACACAUUCUCACGCCGACCUCGUCACAUAUUGAAGUUUGGUCUACGUCCACAUACGACGUGCAAGGUACCCAGGGUGCGUUGGUUGUUGAUGUUCUGGGACGCCGUGUCAAGUUCUGCCUGUUACAUGCAUUGUCUGUUUUCAUAAUACAUGUCUGUAUCAUGCCGACGUUUAAGGACGCCUUUUUUCAUUGGUUUGUGACGCCACAAGUCUCCACCCAAGGGCCAGAUUUCGACGGCUUCAGAGUGAGAUUGGGCUCGCAAAGACACCAGUGUUCAGUGGCACAAACGCUGGUUGCUAAAAACCACCCAUGCUUGUUGGCAUAAAGACUUACAGAAACGCAGCCACCGGCCUUUGUUUAUUAGGAUAUGUCAUAAAAAUAGUAGUAGUAUAUAUUUGAGGCAGCUGAUAGAAGAUCGUGGUUAAUCAACCCAAUCGGCUGAAAAAACAAAAAACACUUGAUUAUGGUGAGGAAAAGAUCACGUUUGGGCUUUAUAAAAAUCCUGGUGUUCAUUGCACAGUCACAGCUUGAGAAGCCGUUGUCUCUGUGAAAAGCGCUUUUCCCCGCAGGAAAUGCAAUGUCUAACUGAAAAACUACCUCUUUCUGUGGCACUAACCCCACUGUAAAAUGGCAAUGGGUCACUAAAGAGCACUCACACUGGUGGCUGAAACGCUGCUGGACAUGCAGCGAUGACUCCUCAAGCGCACCCAGUUUGUCGUUUGCUGCAGUGGCCUGCAGCUUGGCAGACGUCUUGCCUAGCUUGCACGCCACCCACCAUCUCCUCCACAUCCCAAUGACAAAACCAGUAACUACGUCACUUUGAAAACGCUGAUACGAUACUACUUGAUAUGAUGAAUGUGGGAUGACACUCUCCAUCGUAACAAUGAGGAUGCUCUGGAUUUAUAUGUCUAGGAAACACUAUCAGUUCCUAUAGUGCCAAAGUUCUCCAAAAUCUCUAAAAACAAUAUUCAUUCAUCUGUGGCAUUGGUCGCAGAAGGCUGGAGCCUAUCCCAGCUGACACUGGGUGAGAGGCAGGGUUCACCCUGGACAGGUCACCAGACUAUCACAGGGCUGACACAUAGAGACAGACAACCAUUCACACUCACAUUCACACCUACGGACAAUUUAGAGUCACCAAUUAACCUGCAUGUCUUUGGACUGUGGGAGGAAGCUGGAGCACCUGGAGGAAACCCACGCUGACACAGGGAGAACAUGCACACUCCGCACAGAAGGGCUCCCACACCCUGGGUUUGAACCAGGAACAAACAACAGUGCUGACAAACUCUCCAAACUCUUUAAAAACAAUAUUUUGAAAAUGAAUUCAAUAAAUCUAAAGACGCAGAGUCCAAUAAAGUGACUAGCACACAGCAUGUCAAACCUUUUGAAUUUACUACGGACUGAUUGACCUAGAGGUUCAUACCCGCCGCCUAGUGGUGAGUGUGAGUAGCACAUGUGGGAGAUUUUUGUUUGAAAUGCUGCAAUGAUUUCUUCACUUAUAUCAUUAUUUACAAUUGAGUUUAAAUGUCGUUAAACUCCUCCAUAAAAAACACAUGUAAGUGGCAUGUAACCCUGCUCUCUCUGGACACGUUUAGGGACUUUUUCCGGGUUGAACUCAUAAUUAAAGAAAAAAAAAAAGAAAAAACAUUCCGGCACUCCCUGAAGGCAGCAGCAGCCCAAAUUGCCCCUCAUUGAGCAGUGGGACAGAAACACAGCAUCCCUCUCCCCAGGUGGGCGUAUUCUUCUUCUCCCCGCUCUGUGCGGUCACUCGGCUCUGGACACACGGAGACUUGGAGACUCUGCGCGCUGGAAAUAAUGUCCCAUUUAUCUUUUUAAGUUUUACUGGAGAAGGACUGCAAGAUGCUGCUGCUGCUGCUGACUUCACUGAUCUGCCUCAUCCCGAGUGCGCUGGGGCAACUGGAGGAAUCCCAGUUUGGAGAUGACGCUGAUCUGGAGCUCGCAGACUUUGAACUAGACAUUGCGCCACGCAGGGUCCCACGGCAGGUGAAAACUAUGUUGACCAAGGAGACCAAACCUCACAUCCAGGAGCUCUCCAUCAAGACCACCAUCAUCUCCCGCUACGCCUUCACCGCGGUGUACUGCGCCAUGCUCAACCGGCACUCCGCCGCUGCAGAGGGCGUCUUCCAGUUCCAGAUCCCCGCUGGUGCCUAUGUCUCUAACUUCACCAUGAUCAUAGGAGGGCGUGUCUACCAGAGCGAGGUCAGGCCUAAGGCAAAGAGGGUCAAGCAGGAGAACGGCAGAGCUAAGAACAAAGAGUCAGGUGAUGCAAGCCCUGAGCCGGAGGUGGAGGUGUUCAAGAUGGUGGCCAGCAUCCCGGGUCGCAACCGGGCCAUCUUCCUGCUGACCUACGAAGAGCUUCUGCAGCGGAGGCUGGGACGCUACGAACACGUCACCAGCCUGCGGCCGCUGCAGCUGGUCAGCCGCCUCAGUCUGGACGUCACCAUCGUCGACCACUCGCCUGUCACCGACCUCCAGGUGCUGCCACUCCGCAACGGCAGGAACACCGCUGCUUCCAGCAAUGCAAGUGGACCCAAUGCACCCAAGACACCAGCCAAGCCCGAGCCGCCUGUCACCACUGUGAUCAAAAUUGAAAAGAACGUCUGCAGGAUCACCUUCAGCCCCAACAUUGUCCAGCAGGCCAAGAUCACCACCAACGGCAUCCUGGGAGACUUUGUGAUCCGCUACGACGUGCAGAGAGACAUGGGGAUCGGAGACAUUCAGGUUUUAAACGGCCAUUUCGUCCACUACUUCGCCCCCAAAGACCUGCCAGUUGUGCCCAAGAAUGUGGUGUUUGUGAUCGACACCAGCGCCUCCAUGUUGGGGACUAAGAUCAGACAGACUAAAGAAGCUCUGUUCACCAUUCUGAAGGAUCUGCGACCAGAGGAUCGCUUUAACUUCGUCAGCUUCUCCAGUAGAAUCAAAGUUUGGCAGCCGAAUCGUCUCGUAAAGGUGAACCCCCUCACCAUCAGAGACGCCAAGAAGUUUAUUUACAUGCUGGUGCCGACUGGAGGCACCAAUAUCGAUGGCGCCAUCCAGACCGGCUCCUCUCUGCUUCGUGAAUACCUCUCCAGCCCUGACGCCAGCCCAAACAGCGUCUCCCUCAUUAUUUUCCUGACGGACGGACGGCCCACUGUCGGAGAGAUGCAGUCCAUUGCGAUCCUGGGGAACACUCGCUCAGCCGUGCAGGAGAAGUUCUGCAUCUUCACCAUUGGGAUUGGGAACGACGUGGAUUACCGGCUGCUGGAGCGCAUGGCUCUGGAAAACUGUGGGAUGAUGAGGCGCAUCCACGAGGAGGCCGACGCCAGCGCUAUGCUCAAGGGGUUCUACGAUGAGAUAGGAACUCCUCUGCUGUCCGACAUAAGGAUCAACUACACCGAGGACUCUGUCCAGUAUGUAACUCAGCAUCUGUUCACCAACUACUUCAAUGGCUCUGAGAUCGUCAUCGCCGGCAAGCUGACCAACAACAGCGCAGAAUCCCUCCACGUCCAGGUUACAGCCAGCAACAAUGACAGGAGCAUCGUCCUGGAGACUGAUGUCCCCCUGCGGCACCGACAGAUACAGACUGAGAAGAACGUGAAAGCGGCCACAGCAGCAAUGGCAGCUGGAGCUAAACCUCCGGGGUCGGCGAUUGCACAAGAAUUAGGAGUUGCUUUGGGCUCUAUAGCGGAGGAAUUUGUGGAACGCGUGUGGGGUUUCCUGAGCGUCAAGGAUGGGCUACGGUCACGGCUACGCAGCCAAACCAGCAAGGAGAGGGAGGGCCACAUCCAGCAGGCCACAAAUCUGUCUCUGACUUACCACUUCCUCACUCCACUCACCAACCUGGUGGUGGAGAAGCCUGAGGUCUUAGCUGAUGGCACCAUGGCCCCGGCGCCCACCAUCCCCCCAGCAGCUGGUGACACUGGCUCAACUGCCAAUGAGCUGCCAGAAGACGCAGAGGACGGAAAGCCACAGAAACCCAACGGGAAGCCAGGCAGCCAGAGCUCAUCUCUGAGCAACAACAUAGGUAAAGAGAGACGACCCGCCAAGAAAUCCAUCACCUUCUCCAAAACAUCAGGUGACUCCACAUACUCUUUCUCAUGGACAUUUGCACAUAUGCAGCAGUUACAAGUCUCCAAAAAGCAGACUUGGUUUGACAGCGCUCUGUCAGUGUCCAUUGUGGGGAAGUCUAAUGUGACUGUGACGGUUGGAGGAAACAUCAUGUUUGUGAUCCUGCUGCAUCAGUACAAGAAUCCAGCUCCCUACCAGAGAGACCAUCUGGGGUUCUACAUUGGUGACAGCAAGGGGCUGUCGCACAACUGCCACGGCCUGCUGGGUCAGUUCCUGUAUGAGGAAGUGGGAUUGGCAGAGCUUCCUGCACAAGCAGACAUGAAACCGUCGCCCGCGCUCAAGGUGAAGGACCGCUUGGUGCCGGUGGUUCAGAAGAGCAGGAAGAUCUACAGCGGGACUCAGAGCGUGGACUGCUGGUUUGCCCGCAACAACGCAGCCAAGCUGAUAGACGGACAGUACGAGGACUAUUUGAUGUCGCACAUGUUCGACACAGGGGAAUGGCCACACGGGACCAACAGUGUGUGAUAGCACGAACUGUAGCUGCAGCAUUUGUGUGAUUUAAAUCUUAACUCAUUUUACUCUGUAUCCGUUUCACAUUCCAGCAGAUUCCAAACAUUCCCAAACGCCCAACCUUCACAUUCCAGUUUUACUUCGGUCUCUUUUGAAUAUAUUUUUUUACCAUUUCUAAUGAAAAUUAAAAGUUUUUAUUGUAUUAUGUGUAUUGUUUUUUACAAUAAUUUUGUAAUUGUAAAUAAAGACUUAAACACACA